CUGGAAGCAGGCGACGGCGCACGGCGCGCUCGGGCCGGGCUGCGGGCAGCGCCUUGGCUCCUGCUGACGCCCACCCUUCGGGCUGCGGGUCUCGAAGCCGGCCCGGCCCUCCCCUGCUCCUCCAGCCGCCAGGUCAGCGCCGCCAGCUCCGAAGCCGGCCGCGGUCCUUCCACCUGGAGCGCACAGCCGUCCGACUUUGCGCCCUGGGCGCACGGCGGAGCCCGCAGCCGUCCGGAGCUUGGCGCCGCUUCCCUCCAGCGGCGGCCAAGAAGUGACCGUCGCCCCGGGGGAAGGCGGUGAUGUCCCCGCCUGGCUGACCAAGCCUCGCUCUUUUGCAGCCGGGCCUCUCCGCUUGCCCGCUUUCGAGCCAUGUUGGACGGCCUGAAAAUCGAGGAGACGCUGCAGAGCGUGCUGGAGCCGCCGCCGCCCGUUUUCCCCUCCCUGCUGGGGGGAGCGUCGGGGCGGCGCUCGGUGUGCCAAGGCUGCCGGGGAGUCAUCGCGGAGCGCUUCUUGCUGCGCCUCAACGACGGCUUGUGGCACGAACGGUGCGUGCGCUGCGCCUCCUGCCAGGAGCGCCUGGAGCGCAGCUGCUUCUACCGCGAGAAGAAGCUCUACUGCCGGCCGGACUACGAAAAACUCUUUGCGGUGAAGUGCAGCAGCUGCUUGGAAGCCAUCGCCCCCAGUGAGUUCGUCAUGCGAGCCCUGAAGAGUGUGUACCACGUGGGCUGCUUCUGCUGUUGUGUCUGCGAGAGGCAGCUCCAGAAGGGGGAUGAAUUUGUCCUAAAGGAGGGGCAGCUCUUGUGCAAGAGUGACUUCGAGAAGGAGCGCGAACUGCUCAGCCUUGUGAGCCCGGCUGCAUCAGAUUCUGGUAAAAGUGAUGAUGAGGAGAACCUGGGCAAAAUGGGAAUAGGAGCCAGGAAAGCAUCUGAGGAGAACAAGGACCAGAAGAGGCCCAAGCGACCCCGGACCAUCCUCACAACGCAACAGCGCAGGGCAUUCAAAGCGUCAUUUGAGGUGUCCUCCAAGCCAUGUAGGAAGGUGAGAGAAACCUUAGCAGCGGAGACGGGGCUGAGUGUCCGAGUUGUACAGGUCUGGUUCCAGAAUCAAAGAGCUAAGAUGAAAAAACUGGCAAGACGACAGCAGCAGCAACAGCAAGAUCAACAAAACACACAGCGACUCAGUUCUGCUCAGACAAACAGUGGAAGUAACCCUGGCCUUGAGGGUAUUGUGAAUUCAUAUACAAUUUUGCCGCAGCCCCCACAAGAAAUGCUGGCUAUUGAUCAAAGCAUCUACAGCUCAGAUCCCUUCCGGCAAGGACUCACUCCACCCCAGAUGCCUGGGGACCACAUGCACCCCUAUGGUGUUGAGCCACUUUUCCACGACCUUGACUGUGAUGACACAUCCCUCAGCAACUUGGGCGACUGUUUCUUAGCGACCUCCGAAUCUGGGCCCCUACAAUCAAGAGUGGGAAACCCCAUUGACCACCUGUAUUCCAUGCAGAGCUCUUAUUUUACAUCUUGAGGUGUUUGAUGCCCUGUACAGACCUGGUUACUGAAUUGUUUACAAGCCCCAGUUAGAGCGAAAAAGGAGGAAAAGGGUGAGCAUUGAAAGGCUAAAGUGAAAUUUGUUUCAAGAGGACUCCCGCAAAGCCGAGAUCUGACGAUUUCUUUACAUAUUUGAAAACCAGGGCCAUUUGUGAAGACUAUUUCAAAACUUUAAUCUCUAUUUCUUCACCAGUUUUUGGAAUGAAUGUGUUAAAAAAUAUCUGAGAGUAAAAUUUUGAAAAAAAAAUCUAGGACUUGGAUUAAAAUAUUGGUUUUAUUUAAGAAAGUUGCAGAAAUUAGUGCUUCAGACGUUGACAAAGGCUGCAGCAAAUAUUCUCUGCUUUCAAUUAAUGGGUGGCAACUAGUGAUUUUGGGUGGGAUUCCUCCCCCCCCCCUCCCCGACUUUUCAAAUAUUCAUUGUUUUGCAGUUCUGUUUGUUUCUCCUGGAUGCUGUGCCUUUGGUUGUGUCUUUCACGGGGCAGUUGCUGCUGCUUCCUUCUUGGAUCAGUCACAUGUUGGUUCUCACCCAAUCAGGCAUCCUGUAGUAAAUGCACCACAAUUCUACAUAUAUAUCUAUCCCAUAGUCAAACAGAUCUGUCUGCACAAUCAUGUAACUGAGGGAUAGGGAGGGCAAAUGGCAGCAGCAAACCGUUAAGCAAAGGUAUUUUGCCAGGUGUGAUGAAAACUGAAAAGGGGAGGCACUUUUGAAAUGGCUGAACAUGCAAAAAAUAAUUUGAAGUUUGAGCUUAGCCCUUGUUUCAAUUUCCUCAUGCACUAUAGAAAACUGAAAUUUUUAAUAUAUAUUCCUCCACAGUUGAACAUGUGAAGCAACUGGCAAGAAGCAGAAAUACUUGUGUGAGUGAAUGAGUGUGUGUGUCCAUGCAUUUAGUGGUGUAUGCUUGCAUAUAGAAGACACAGAUACACCUAAUAUUGUAUCAGAUUUGUUCCUAAUUACAUCAGAAAACACUGUAUGGGGAAAAAAAGAAAAAAAUCCAAAUUUAUUUGGUGUGUGAAUUGUAUUUAAGCAAUGCACUUAAGUUAUGGAACGAAAAGACGCGAUUUCAAAUAUAAAUAAAUAAAUAUGUUUUGUUUGCAAA